GGCAGUGGAGUAAAGUCAUGCACAUGCACAUGGUUUUUAGGUUAAGUACAUUUUUUGGUUAUGUUGUAAUGCCUUGUCUUUUACUUUGAUGUAAAUAAUGUGUGUUUAAUUUACAAGUAUAUAAUAAUUAAAAUUUAGAUAUUUUGCAAACUAAGUGAUAUCAUCACAAUGGUUGGUAAAAAUGUCCUUGAGUUCAAAGGUAGUCAGUAUAUGAGACAGAGAUUGAUACUUUCUGUUGUCAGCGGAAAACCAAUCAAAAUAACACAGAUUAGAGCAAAAGAAGAUAAUCCUGGUUUAACUGAAUAUGAAGCAAAUCUUCUUCGUUUGCUGGACAAGCUAACGAAUGGCACUUGGCUUGAAGUUAGCGAAACUGGAACAGCAUUCUCGUUUUCUCCUGGUGCUCUGAUUGGAGGAACUCUAUCUCACGAGUGCUGCAAGUUGCGGGGAAUUGGUUACUAUUUGGAAGUACUAAUGGCGCUAGCACCUUUCUGCAAAAAACCUCUCAAUAUUGUUCUUCGAGGCGUCACUUGCAACCAGAAAGAUCCUUCGGUGGACUCAUUUAAGCAUGGCGCUUUACCCGUGCUCAGGAGGUUCAUGGUAAUCGAUCCAGGUCUUGAAUUGACUAUUAAGAAGAGGGGCGUCGAGCCACUGGGUGGUGGAGAGAUACACUUAGUAUGUCCUUCAAUAAAACAGCUCAAACCCAUACAGUUGAAGGACUGGGGAAAGGUGAAGAAGGUUCGAGGAACAAUGUUUGCAUUGAGGGUCUCCCCCGCUCUGGCCAACAGGAUGGUCGAGUCAGCCAAAGGAGUCUUCCUCAACUUCAUUCCAGAUGUAUUCUUCACCGUCGACCAUCUCAAGGGACAGGCUGCUGGAAAAUCGCCAGGAUUCGGUGGCAGUUUGUACGCAGAAACGACCGACGGAGUGAUUUUCACAAGUGAUUCAGUGUCGGACAGUGCGGCACAAAGUCACUCGGUGCCAGAGGACAUUGGUCGCAGUGCUGCGCAUGCGCUGCUCGAUGAGAUCUCGUGCGGCGGCUGUGUGGAUUCGGCGUUCCAAUCACUCGCCUGCCUCUACAUGGCGCUCACAUCCAAAGAUGUGUCCAAGUGUGUCAUGGGCCCGUUGACACCAUACACAAUAAAGUUUCUUCAGCAUCUGAGAGAGUUCUUUGGUCUGAUGUUUCAACUGGAGCCAUAUCGAGAUGCAGCCAAAGAUGAGUUCGACGAAGAUGACAAUCAAUUGAGGCUGGGUGUCAAUAAAGUUGAGCUGACUUGCGUUGGUAUUGGUUACCAGAAAAUUCUCUGAUACAACUUGAAAAUGAGGAAACUAUGCUCUGUUGUAUGUUUUGUAUUAAAAUAGUAUUUCUUCAA